UUGGUGGAGGAAACUGGGGUAGGUCGGCGUGACGAUACGUGACAGUACGGCCAAUGGGAAACCGUGAGCGUGGCCUCUUUUGAGUGAACUUGCGACCUCAACUCUGCCAGCUACCACUUAAUUCCCCUUCCCCUUCCAAGCAGACUUCCCUCCUUCUCCAACCAGUCCAUUUUCUUUUCUUCGUUCUUAAAUUUAAUUUCGCUCAAUUCUUCACGACAUUCUUUGAUUAUCUUCAUUUGACUACGGUUUCUUAAAAUGGCUUCUCCCCGUGCUGCUUCCCCCCUGACCUCUGGUGCCGAGUCUGGCCCAGACUCCAAGGCUUCUGGUGCUGGAGCUGGAGCUGCUGGCUCUGUUUCUUCCAUCGCCCGUACCUCCUCUCCCACUCCCCCCGGUGGUCCUCGAGCUGCUUUGCGUCGUCGCGCGGCUGCCGACCACAAGGAGUCUCUGCGCAAUGCCAGACCCAGCUCGACUCGCGCUGCCGGUGCCGGUGGCUCUUCUGGUACCAUGCUCAAGCUCUACACUGACGAGAGCCCUGGCUUGAGGGUUGACCCUGUUGUCGUCUUGGUUCUGAGCUUGGGCUUCAUCUUUUCUGUCGUUGGUUUGCAUGUCAUCGCCAAGAUCACUCGCAAGUUCUCCUCGUGAGCAACGACUUUGCGUCUGCUCUCGCCAUCACUCUCCUGCCUGCCUCGAGCGACAUGUGGUUUGGCUGAGUGAGGUUCUGAGUGAGCGGGGCUGUUUUGCUAUGCGUAGCCGGUCCCUGCUCCUGGAACGAUUUUGGCCAUUCUGAGAGGGUCGCUUUCGGCGGGUUCACUCCCAUACUCUCUUCUACCCUUUUGAAAUAAUAUACCCCAUGGUGUCCGUUGCCUAUCCGUUGUUGUCCUUGGUGCGCGGGGAUCCUUGAAUCGGAUCGUCCGAUACUUCGCGAAGUUGAGUGUUGAAAGCCUAUCUGCAGCAUAGGUUGGGAAGGUGUGCUGGUUGUUAUGUUACUGUUGGAGCUGCCUCCAACCCUUGUGACAGUUAAUGAAAGAUUUUCAUGCCGAAAGUUUGGAAGGAAAGCUUUGUAUAAUAUCAGUUGCUUUUUCA